UUAAUUUUAUUCCGUACAACCUCCGAACAGGCGCUACUAGUGCCAUAUCCUGCGCAAUGGGUUUAUUACUGUUGACAGCUGUCAUUGCGAUGAAAAAAGGCGAUGUUUUUGAUCGCUGCUUGUGUGCGGUUGUGUUGGUGCAUUCGUUCGUAUAUAUGAGGCUGUGUGUGUAACACUGCUGCAAAUCCUACAUUCUACACAUGCAGAUCCACUGACAAGCGCUACAGCUACGCAUUAAAAUUGUUGUUCAUUUCAACUGCGAAGGAUGUGCGAACUUUAUCGGUAAAUUUUACUUUAAUUGUGACCAGUGCUAUAGCGAAGAAAGUGUCUGAUUUCUUCCAUUCGAACCACGAUAGAAUCAUGAAUAAUAAACAAAAUGAUAAAAGACGAUCCUGCAAGAGGAUCGAAAAGGAAAAUCAAAAGCCCGCAACCAGUACAGAAGCUCCCAAAAGUGUUGCACCGGUGAAGAAACCCUUGGCAUCGAAAAUACCAAAAUCUGCCAUACCCAAAAGAAUCAAGAAACAACAUCAACAAAAACAAUCAUCACGCAUUUCUUCUUCAAAUGCAUCUUCGACGGGAUCGUAUUUACUUUUAUUACAGUUACCAAGAACAAACUCGAUUCAGGAAAACCAUUCUUUAUGUACAAACGACAGUUCCACACCUAGUACUUCUGAUUACACGAAAUGUUACAUACAGCAUGAACUUACAUUGUUAAAACGUUCCUUACAGGAUAGUUAUGCUCAUCUGGAUUGCAUAUUUGACGAAUUGAACAAUUUCGAAGGCUCCCCACAUUUUACUGAAGUGAAGGAGCAAUGGACAAGCUUAAUGGAUGAUGCUACAAUGUUAAAACGUUUAUUUGAUUCAUCGAAAGCUAAAUUGGACUGUUUAACCGAAAAAGCUAGGCAAAUAGGUUGUUACUUCUGAACGAACUGUUGGUAAAUAUUUUGUUUUAGGAUACGCACUUGUGCAUAACGAAUUACCAAUAUUAACUUACCAUAAAUGUUAAAAUAGAAGUU